GUCGUCUAAAAUGAUAGAUUGAUAGCUCUCAUGCUGAAACGGAUGGAUUUAGUGCCCAAAAAGCUUGCAUUUUUUUGUCUGGCUUGUCUUGGAAAUAGUGAGGGCUCCUAUAUUGUUGGAGAAGUUGCUCCCAGUUACUUUUGACUGUAAAGCCAUAUGUGAAAUCUGUGUCUUCUUGCUGCACUAGUGCUGACUGCAAAAGUAUGGAGGUAGAUCACAAAAACCCCAAACCAUCAGGUUCGGGGGGUGUUUGAACAAAAAAUUAUCUUUUUCAGCAUAGGAGUGUUUAUGUAACUCUCUUAAUUCCUUUUGCUAGUGAGGUGGUACUUCCACCAUGAGGCCUGGUUUGGCUCAAGAGAUUUUUGAUGCUUUCCUCUGUUUUGACAAUGUGGAGUGUGGGAUAUCUGCAGUAAAUAAGGGGCUGUGCUCUGCCUACCACGUCUCCUAAGACCUGGUUUGGGGGUAAACAUGAGUGAUACUGUGCUCAGAUGCUGUGGCUUUAAUGGCCUCGAUUAUUGUAUGUAAUGGAAGGGCUUCGUUAAUACCCAUAGCAACUGCUUGAAAUUUUAGUGUGAACAAGCCAGUUGAGACAAGCAGAGGAAGAUUUGACAGCUCGGAAUAAGAUGUCCCAAUGUAAUAUCAGCUUGAAGAAGCAGAGGAGUCGAAGUAUCUUUAGCACCUUAUUCUGCUGCUUUCGUGACUACAAUGUCGAGCCACCAUCCACCAACAGCACCAGUGCUCUGCCUCCUUUGGUGGAGGAGAAUGGAGGACUUCAGAAGGGUGACCAGAUGCAGGUCAUGCCUAUACCAAGUGGAAUUUACUAUUUCCACGGGACUGAAGCAGUGCAGCAGUCGUUUCACUACAAGCCACCAGCUAAAUACCUCCUGCCAGAACUGACAGCAUCAGACUAUGGGAAGAAGUGUGUGGUCAUUGAUUUAGAUGAAACUUUAGUGCACAGUUCAUUUAAGCCAAUUAGCAAUGCUGAUUUCAUCGUUCCUGUUGAAAUUGAUGGAACCAUACAUCAGGUUUAUGUGUUGAAACGACCACAUGUGGACGAGUUUCUUCAGAGGAUGGGAGAGCUCUUUGAAUGUGUACUCUUCACAGCCAGUCUAGCCAAGUAUGCAGACCCAGUAGCUGACUUACUGGAUCGCUGGGGUGUGUUCAGGGCAAGGCUCUUUAGAGAAUCCUGUGUUUUCCACCGAGGGAAUUAUGUGAAGGAUCUGAGUCGACUGGGCCGUGAGCUGAGUAAAGUUAUUAUAGUAGAUAAUUCUCCUGCAUCUUACAUCUUCCAUCCUGAAAAUGCAGUGCCUGUGCAGUCCUGGUUUGAUGACAUGACAGACACAGAGCUGCUAGAUCUUAUUCCUUUCUUUGAAGGACUAAGCAAAGAGGAAGAAGUUUACAGUAUGCUUCAUAAACUCUGCAACAGGUAGCCCUUAACUCUGAGUGACUCCUGCUCCUAGGUUGCAGUUGCUAGAGGCUGUCUCCAUCUCUUUCAGCUCUUUCAAAUGUAAGCUUUGGGGAGGUCACCCCAGUCAGAAGUGCUACUCUCGAUCUUCCUGUUACAUUGGACACGAAGGACAAUCACGAGUGAUGCUAUUAAGCCUUCAGAAGCCUGACUCCUAAGGUCUUGUGUUCAGACUACUUUUUUAAAGGAAAAAAAAAAAAGCUAUUUUGAAUGGGACUCUUUUAAUUAAUUUCAUAAAUGGACAUCUUUUACUGGAUCAGCUUUUCUUAAAACAUGCCAAAAAAAGAAGCUUGUAUUUCAGCAGUUGAAUUUCUCUCCCUUUCUUCCCCUCCCACUAUGCAGACAAUUUUACCCCCCUGCUUAGAGCAGUUGACCUGACUCUGAAUUUUUUCUUACAGAAUGAAGUGCCUUUUUGAAUGUUAUUUUAAGAUAAAAAUUCAUUUUUGUAUAAGACGUAUUUCCAGACAUCUUUUAGUCUUGUAUUGUCUAAAUGCUUUAAAAGGAAAAAGGAAAAAAAAAUUUAUAGAGCACUGUAAUAUAUAACAAAGGAAAAAGUUGAAACCAAGAUGCUGGGUUCCUGUCUCCACGAUGACAAUAAGUUGUGUUACUCUUUGUCAUGCUCAGAAGGUUCAGGCAGUCGUGGGAGGGUGAACUGGGGUCAUUAACAUGGUUGUUUCACUGAUGAGGAUUUUGGGCACAGUUUUAAAUCAUAUCUGCAGUUGUUUGAGUAUUUAGGGAGUGAUGGAGUUGAGGAAAUCAGGUGGCUGAUAAACCUAAAGCACCUUGAAUUCCAGACAGAUGAAGUUCUGCUGUCUCUGCUUACGCACAACUGCCAUGCCUCUUCUUUUUUGGAAAACCAUUCUCUUGGGAGAAUGGUGAGGAGAUCUAUUUAUUAGCUUAAGAUUCUUUUCUCAAAACAACCCAUCUGGGUAAGCUGGAUCUACAUUGAGCUGUUUGGAGUACUUUUUUCUUUUAAUUGCUGCUACUGUAUACUCACCAAAUGGAGUUGACCAUCGGCUGUUAUACUGUUUUUGCCACUGUGCCUGUGCUGUGAGACAUUUUCUGUAAGCUGCAAACUUGGGCAAUAAAUAAAAUGCAGGCUUCAUAACCCACCCCUAUGGAUUAAUCCAUUGGUAUCUGAUAUACCAGUUCAAGGUGACCUGUAAAGGAUUUUUCUUUUUUUUUUUUUUUUUUUUUUUUUUUUUUUUUUUUUUUUUUUUUUUUUUUUUUUUUUUUUUUUUUUUUUCAAUUAAGAUGAAGCCCUCUCCUUUCUUUGAUACAGGAAAAUGCAGGAAGUUUGUUGCCCACACCUUUGAUUUAUAUUUCUUUUUCCCCAAGGUGUAUGGUACAGAUUAUGAGCUGUAUCAAGUCUUGCUGGAAGGGCAGAAGUUACUAGCCUAGACUAAAAUUGGUUUUGGAGUUGAGUUAGACUCAUCUCAGAAUCUGAGAGCCUGCUUAACAUCUUCUGCAGUGCCAUAGGUAUUUCAGAUGAAUGUUUUUUAAAUAUUUUAUGCCUUUGAAGAACAAGGCACACCUUUUUUUCCUUCCCCCUUUCCAGUGUCACCUUUCAGUUACUGUCCACAGCAGAAAUCUGCAAACUUAAAAAGUGCAGCUGUGUUUGGCUGUCAUCAGAGAAGACUAAACAGAUUAUUUGGUGCUUCUAAUUAGCCUCGUGCUAAAUUCUGAAUUGUAGACCCCCUUUGCCUUUUCUCUUUUCCCCAAAAAGUCCCGAUGACUUGGGAAAAAAACAAAUUUCUUUGUGAUGGACUUGGGGCUUGUGAUCCUUGUCUCAAAAACAUUGGUGAAGCAGCUUAACAAAUGCAUGUGAGAGGGGCAGGCCAGUGGGUUGUGGUGGGUGCAGUAUCAGACUGAGCCCCCCUUGCAGUGCAGCUGUGCCCCAGCUGUGCUCCAGCUGUGGCUGGGCCCAGCGGUGCUGGAGGCAGUCCCGUCACACCCGUGAGUCUGUAGGGCAUCACCCUUUUGUUUCUUAACCAGCUGGCAUCACCUUAGUACUGUAUAAAUCUGUGCCACAACAAAAAGACAGAACAUCGAAUUUAAAAAUGAAAAAUUAAAACAAAAAAAAAAGCCUACUUUGUUUAAAAUAUAACAAAAAAAAAAACUUUAAAAAGGACGUAUGGAUUCUGGUUAGUCCAUUAACGUUUACUUUCAGUUUAAGAUGGUUUAAUUUUGUAUUUGACUCCAGAGUAAUGAAACUGUAAGCUGCCAAAAAAAAAAAAAAAAGUUGUUCUCUGAGCAGUAUUUUCAACUGUGCCUGGGCUCCUGGGCCCCAGUGCAGUUUGCAGGGAAGUAUUCAGGUUGUAGUUAGUCGUGCAGGUAUGAGAGGAAUGGCUGAAGAAAUUCAAAGACUUUUUCUUGUUAGCAUUAGACCAAACAAUCAGACAAUGAAUAAAUAACCCACGAGACAGGGCCGUGUGACAGUUGUGACCUGUUGGACGUGAGACAAACCAUGUCACCCGUUUGCAUCUCUGGAAAAAGCGAUUUCGUGAACCAGUUGCCUUAAGUCUGUGAAUGAAUGUUGAUUAUAUUAUUAAAGUGUCUUGUAUUGUUUUCAAAUCCACAUAGAAUGGGCAACUGAACUUCUGCACCAGCCUCUGGAGGAACGGUUCUGAUGAUGUGCUGUACAACCAUACUUGUACUGUAUUAUUUUGGCUCUUAAAACCCCCAAAUUUUUAAAAAAACCCAACUUACUGUAACUUACUACAGCAUUAAAAUGACACUUGGUGACAAUAAAGAGACAAAAAGCGUAGCACAGCUUUGAUCUCUGUUCAUAUUAAGAGCAUUUUCUCUAAGUUCUGAUCAGCCCUAUUUUUUGUAACCCACCCAAUUCAUAUGGGAGUAGAACUCUGCAGUCAGGUUUGGACUCCCCUGGGUAUUCAGAUUUGGCCAACAACUGGUCACAGUUGUUUAUUUUGACACUUAUCAUCAUACUUGAUAUUUCAAGUGUUGAGUUUGCGUGGAUAUACAUACGCUGUAUAUUUAGAGUUUCUAGAUUCUAAAAAAGCAAUAGAGUUCUGUCCAUAAAGUCAGAGAACGAGUGGAAUGUUUGUAAAAUUUGCAAUACGGGUAUUUGAUUGUAUUUUAAAUACAAGAUUUAAAAAAAAAAAAAUCAAAAAAGAAAAAAAAACACCAAACCCUUGUUUCCUAAAUCUCUUGCAUAUUUUGAAGUGCAGUUACUGCAUGCAGGUCACCAGGGCUGUUGUAAACCCUGGCUUUCACUUCUAUUUCUGGAUAUUACAGAAAUAUUCAAAAGUCUUUUCUCAGUUGAUCAUUUUAAAGACAUGCUGCCUGGCCUGAAGUUCUGUUGUCCUUCCUAUGUUGGGUUAAAAAACGGUUUUUUUGCCUGUAUGGGUAUUUUUAAGUUAAGCUGAAAGGCAGAAUGCCUUAGACCCUUGAAACGCACCGGAAGCGUUAACCCUUUAAUUGCCAUUUGUAACCUUAGGGCUGUGCGCUGAAUCCUUGUUCACACCAGGAGGCGUGGCAGGCUGGGCACGGGGAGAUGGUGGCAAAUGUACAAUAUUGCUGUGUUCAUUUAGGUAGCUUUGGAAGAAUAAUUUGUCUCUUUGUUUCACCCUUUUGAUCUUUAUUCAAGCAGCAAAAAGUUCUGCGUGGAAGAAACUCAACACCUGGAGACGUUUUUGGUUGUCAGUGUUCGCAAUCACUUUUCUUACAGCAUGAUUUUGAUUAGACUGGUUGGGGACAAUAAAGUAUCUAAAUGACA